AUGGUGCACAUAAAUGCGUUAAUAGUUGUAAAGACUAGCAAAAAGUUUGUGACUUUUCAAAGUGACUGGGUCCAGCAGAAUCCUCUGGAGGAAGAGAUAAAAACCUGGUUUCAGAAUCGUCGUAUGAAGUUCAAACGUCAGACUCAAGAUGCCAGGGUUGAAGCUCUUUUCUCAGGCUUAUUUCUGCCCUAUCACUGUUACCCAGAUAUUGUUACAUCCAGCUAUUCUCAUGGGAUGGAUGUCAGUGUCUCUUCUACCUCCACUGUUACUCUUCACCCAGCUAUGCCAAGUCCUGCCUUGUUGUUACCUCCUGUUCCAUCUCAGGCCCUUGAGCCAGUUCUGCCAAGUCCAGGUUUAGUGUUGCCUCCCAGUCCAAAAUUUUCUUCUUACCCUUCUGUAAUUCCAGCAAUGACUCUAACCAAAGACCAUAAAAGACUGAGGUUCCAGCCAAAUCUUCCUUCCUGUUAA